AUGACGUCACGUGAUGCUCGCGCUGUGUCAAAACAUCUGGCUGCUCUGCGACACUUUGAUCCUUUAAUUUACCGGGAGCAGACCGUCACGCGGAACUCCGUUCAGAAACCUGUCGUUUGUACCGUGUGUCCGGCUGCAGGGACACCUGUCCAGGUGACAGAGGACCCGUCACUGUCCCUUCACUCUUCACCUCAGGGUGCGUUCAAUAAACCCCCCAACACUCCUCCUCCAGUUCACAUCAACAUGACCGACACAUUUCCUCCUCACUGCCGCGGUGGAACAUCCCGCGGAGGGCGGCUGCUGAACAUCCCAGCUACACCAGAACAUCCCAACUACACCAGUACGUCAAAGCUGCACCAAUACAUCCCAACUACACCAGAACAUCCCAGCUACACCAGUACGUCAAAGCUGCACCAGAACAUCCCAGCUGCACCAGAACAUCCCAACUACACCAGAACAUCCCAACUACACCAGAACAUCCCAGCUACACCAGAACAUCCCAACUACACCAGAACAUCCCAGCUGCACCAGUACAUCCCAGCUGCACCAGUACAUCCCAGCUACACCAGUACAUCCCAACUACACCAGUACAUCCCAGCUGCACCAGUACAUCCCAGCUGCACCAGUACAUCCCAGCUGCACCAGUACAUCCCAGCUACACCAGUACAUCCCAACUACACCAGUACAUCCCAGCUGCACCAGUACAUCCCAACUACACCAUACAUCCCAGCUACACCAGAACAUCCCAGCUACACCAGAACAUCCCAGCUACACCAGUACAUACCAACUACGCCAGUACAUCCCAGCUACACCAGUACAUACCAACUACACCAGUACAUCCCAACUACACCAGUACAUCCCAGCUACACCAGUACAUCCCAGCUACACCAGUACAUCCCAACUACACCAGAACAUCCCAACUACACCAGUACAUCCCAGCUACACCAGAACAUCCCAGCUACACCUGUACAUCCCAACUACACCAGUACAUCCCAACUACACCUGUACAUCCCAACUACACCAGAACAUCCCAGCUACACCUGUACAUCCCAACUACACCAGUACAUCCCAACUACACCAGUACAUCCCAGCUACACCAGUACAUCCCAACUACGCCAGUACAUCCCAACUACACCAGUACAUCCCAGCUACACCAGUACAUCCCAACUACGCCAGUACAUCCCAGCUACACCUGUACAUCCCAGCUACACCAGUACAUCCCAACUACACCAGAACAUCCCAGCUACACCAGUACAUCCCAACUACACCAGAACAUCCCAGCUACACCAGUACAUCCCAACUACACCAGAACAUCCCAACUACACCAGAACAUCCCAGCUACACCAGUACAUCCCAACUACACCAGAACAUCCCAACUACACCAGAACAUCCCAACUACACCAGAACAUCCCAGCUACACCAAACAUCCCAACUACACCAGAACAUCCCAGCUACACCAGUACAUCCCAACUACACCAGAACAUCCCAACUACACCAGAACAUCCCAGCUACACCAGUACAUCCCAACUACACCAGUACAUCCCAACUACACCAGAACAUCCCAACUACACCAGUACAUCCCAACUACACCAGAACAUCCCAACUACACCAGAACAUCCCAACUACACCAGAACAUCCCAGCUACACCAGUACAUCCCAACUACACCAGAACAUCCCAGCUACACCAGAACAUCCCAGCUACACCAGUACAUCCCAACUACACCAGAACAUCCCAACUACACCAGAACAUCCCAGCUACACCAGUACAUCCCAACUACACCAGAACAUCCCAACUACACCAGAACAUCCCAGCUACACCAGUACAUCCCAACUACACCAGUACAUCCCAACUACACCAGAACAUCCCAACUACACCAGUACAUCCCAACUACACCAGAACAUCCCAACUACACCAGAACAUCCCAACUACACCAGUACAUCCCAGCUACACCAGUACAUCCCAACUACACCAGAACAUCCCAACUACACCAGAACAUCCCAGCUACACCAGUACAUCCCAACUACACCAGUACAUCCCAGCUACACCAGUACAUCCCAACUACACCUGUACAUCCCAGCUACACCAGUACAUCCCAGCUACACCAGUACAUCCCAACUACACCAGUACAUCCCAACUACGCCAGUACAUCCCAACUACACCUGUACAUCCCAGCUACACCAGAACAUCCCAGCUACACCAGAACAUCCCAACUACACCAGAACAUCCCAGCUACACCAGUACAUCCCAGCUACACCAGUACAUCCCAACUACACCAGAACAUCCCAGCUACACCAGUACAUCCCAGCUACACCAGUACAUCCCAACUACACCAGUACAUCCCAACUACGCCAGUACAUCCCAACUACACCUGUACAUCCCAGCUACACCAGAACAUCCCAGCUACACCAGAACAUCCCAACUACACCAGAACAUCCCAGCUACACCACAGCGUCACCGUGUCUCCUCAGCAGGAACAUUAA